GACACCGAUGUGCUGGCGCUUCAGGCGUACAUUCUAGCCUGCGAAGACAAGAUCAAUUUGUUGAUCAAAUGCAACGCUGUCAGCGACUCCACUUCGCUUUCUUUGGAUGCGAAGAAACUCUGGCAUGCCGAAAAGUUUAUUCCAAAAAUGCGAGCUCUCGACGAACAGGUAGGUUCUCUAAGAAGAGGCUUUUCUUUCUUAAAGCCUGUUCCAACCGAUUUGUCGAACAUUCACUCUGACGCAUCCUUUGCCAAUAUGCCCCCUCUUUCCAUUGUUUCAUCGCCUGUAAAAGCGACACUGCAAUCGGUAUUUCAUGUUCUGCACACUGAGCCCACUUUCACUGAAGGGAGUAUUUCCUUAACGGCUGCAGAGACCAGAGCCCAAGACAAUCAUCCUCUUGUUUUGCUCGAUAACGACAAUGAUACAAACACAAACGAGGCUCGCCAUGAGAUUUUUAAUAGACGUACCAAGUCGCCUUUGCCACCGCCUCUUCAUGAAGAUAUAGAUGAAGACGACCCGGAGGACGUGUUAGGGGAGAAUUACAUGGAUGGGCUUCAAUCUUCCCAGGUAGAUGAUAUUGACACUGACUUGAGUGGCUUCAUUGCGCAUGGGGAUGAUGAUGAAGAUGAAGAAUUUGCAGAUCGGACAUUCACAUAUACACAAGCAUCUCAGACACAAAGGCAUGUGAUUGAGACUGAUGAUGAUGAAAAUUCUUUGGCGCUGGUCCAUGAAGAAUACUCCAUCCGUAACGAAGUCGAUGAGAUUAAAUUGUCACAAGACGUCGCUCAACGAUACAGUAUCUCAUACGAUGUAGAUACAAAGGCAGUGGAGAUUUCUGACGAGGAAAGUGAAAAUGAUGACGGAAACUUCACGACCCAAUUGCUCAAUGAAGGGCGAGAUCAAGUGGUUGAAGUCUUUUCUGAUGAUGACUUCAACGACGGCGACUUUGCAGCUUUAGAGUCGCGGACGCACGUGAAAAAUGAAUGUUCAGCGGUAGAUGCUCACAUUGUUGACGAAAGCGACUUUUCCGAUGACGACGAUGAAAUCCUCAAGAUUGCUGCUGUGGAUGGCGUUGAAGGACCAGAUAAAGAACUUCUCGCGGGAUCAGAAUCGUUUAUCGAUGAAGUUUACUCUGUCUUGAGGAACACUUUCCAGUUGUCCAGUUUCCGUCCUAAUCAACUAAAAGCUGUUAUUUUCACUUUGAAGGGUAAAGAUGUGUUUGUCUUAAUUCCUACAGGAGGUGGUAAAUCCUUAUGUUACCAACUCCCGGCACUUGUGACACGAGGCAAAACCAGAGGUACUACUGUUGUAAUCUCACCAUUGAUAUCGCUUAUGCAAGACCAAAUUCAUCAUCUUCAAAAGAGAAACAUUCGAGCUGACAUGAUCAGCUCCAGGGGAAGUGUGAAAGAAAAAAAUGAUGCACUUCGCUCAUUUGCAGCUGGCGAUUUGGAUUUAGUUUAUCUUUCUCCAGAGAUGGUGAACAAAGCUCAGUCUAUUCAGCGAAUACUAGCAAAGUUGUACGAAAACAACAUGCUUGCGAGAAUUGUGGUUGAUGAAGCGCAUUGUGUAAGUUCUUGGGGACAUGACUUCAGGCCUGAUUACCAAGGAAUGAGUAUGUUCAAAGAGAACUUCCCCAAAGUCCCCAUCAUGGCUCUAACUGCCACAGCAAAUGAAAAAGUUCGUCUUGAUAUCAUUAAUAACUUGCGUAUGAAUGACGCAGUGUUGCUCAAACAAAGUUUCAACCGAACGAAUCUCUUCUACAAAGUGAUGAAGAAGCCAUCAAACGUUUUUGAAUGGCUUAGAGACUACAUAUCAGGGCAACAGUUUGGGAAUACCGGCAUCAUAUACUGUCAUUCUAAACAAUCAUGCGAAACCACGUCCGAGAAACUUGAGUCUUACGGGAUAAAGUGUAAAUUUUAUCACGCAGGUAUGGAUGCGGACGAAAGAUUCAGCGUCCAGACUGAUUGGCAAGAAAAUAGAAUUCAAGUUAUUUGUGCAACCAUUGCGUUUGGUAUGGGCAUUGAUAAGCCCGACGUUCGCUUUGUGAUACACAUAUACAUUCCUCGAACCCUUGAGGGGUAUUAUCAGGAAACUGGCCGUGCCGGUAGAGACGGAAACCCCAGUGAAUGUAUCAUGUUCUAUGCAUAUAAAGAUGCACGCUCUUUGAAAGGCCUCAUCGAGAAGGAUAAAGAUUUAGAUUGGUCCUCUCGGGAAAUGCAUUUGGCCAAACUCAGACAGGUGAUUCAGUAUUGCGAGAACGGAACCGACUGUCGGAGAAGACAGGUUCUCCAUUACUUCAAUGAGAUUUUUGAUGCCAAGCUAUGCAAUAGAAAUUGUGACAAUUGCUGCAGCGAGAUCGUAUCAGUGAAACGUGAUGUUACUGACCACUGCGCAAAUAUCGUGAAACUAGUUCAGUCUAUACACAUGGAUAAAGUCACUGUCAUCCAUUGCCAAGAUGUUUACUGGGGGUCUAAAAACCAAAAGAUUAUGACCCUAGGGCAUUAUAACAACCCUCAUCAUGGUUCUGGAAGGGAUUUAAACAAGGGUGACAUGGAACGAAUUUUCUUUUAUUUGCAGUGCGAGAAUGCUUUGAUGGAGUACCAAGUUGUGAAAGGGGGCUAUGCAACCUCAUACGUCAAGUUGGGGCCUCAGGCAAACACCUUCAUGAAAGCCAACAAAAAAGUUGAACUCUCCUUUGCUCAAGCGGAACGUCCUUCUUCCACAGGAGGUGUGAAGCUCACAGCGUCUGGGAAAGGAUCUGGAAUGUCAAGCUUUCGAUAUCAAGAGUCUUUCAGAAGUGCCCCUCCGAGUCGUAUUGUUUUACCACAGGAUACAUUUGAUGGAGCUAUCACAGAUUCCAACAAAGAUCUCAUCGAUAAGGCAUAUUUCGAGUUGAGAAAUUCUAGAACAUUGAAAGUCAGUGAGCUUGGAUACGCCAGAGCUGAAGCUUUCAUCGGGGACAAUUUAUUGAAGGAAAUGGCAAUCAAACUUCCCACAAAUGCCAGAGACUUUGCUAGAUUGAGCAAUGUGACCAAAGAGCAAGCUGAUCAUUUCAAGCAUUUCAAACAAGUCCUCACCAAUCUUUCUCGGGAACGGAAA